AUGGCAUGCGACACUAGCGACGGACCAGCGCGGGCGACGGGCCGCCGCGGGCCGCCCCGGGCGCGCGGUGGGCGCCGCGACGUGGCGGGCCGCGAGCUGCGCCCCGGGGGCGGCCUGAUCGGCGCAUCACGUGGCCUUCUUGUGCUGGUGUGCUGGGCCGUCGACGGCGUGGGCGCCUCCUGCGCCAGCGUCACCUUCUCGGAGCGCGUCAUCACCGACUCGGCGACCUACGCCCGGAGCGUCUUCACGAUCGACGUCGACGGCGACGGCGACGUCGACGCGCUUUCGGCGUCAAUCAACGACGACACGGUCGCGUGGUACGAGAACGACGGGUCCCAGUCCUUCACGAAGAGCGUCAUCACUGACGCGGCGGACAGCCCUCGCUCUGUCUUCGCGGUCGACGUCGACGGCGACGGCGACGUCGAUGCGCUCUCGGCGUCUUAUAAAGACGACACCAUCGCGUGGUACAAGAACGACGGCUCCGAGUCCUUCGCCGAGCGCGUCAUCACUAACUCGGCGGACGGCGCCCACUCCGUCUUCGCGAUCGACGUGGACGGCGACGGCAACGUCGACGCGCUGUCGGCGUCCGCGGGCGACGACACGGUCGCGUGGUACGAGAACGACGGGUCCCAGUCCUUCGCCGAGCGCGCCAUCACUAACUCGGCGGACAGCGCCUACUCCGUCUUCGCAGUCGACGUGGACGGCGACGGCGACAUCGACGCGCUCUCGGCCUCCUUCGAGGACGACACGGUCGCGUGGUACGAGAACGACGGGUCGCAGUCCUUCACCGAGCGCGUCGUCACGACGCUCGCGGACAGCCCCGUGUCCGUCUUCGCGAUCGACGUCGACGGCGACGGCGACGUGGACGUCCUCUCGGCGUCCUACGACGACGACACGGUCGCGUGGUACGAGAACGACGGGGCCGAGUCCUUCACCGAGCGCGUCCUCUCGAACUCGGAGGACUUCGCCAUCUCCGUCUUCGCCAUUGACGUCGACGGCGACGGCGACGUCGACGCGCUCUCGGCAUCGCAGUAUGACGACACGGUUGCGUGGUACGAGAACGACGGGUCGCAGUCCUUCACCGAGCGCGUCGUCACGACGCUCGCGGACAGCGCCCGCUCCGUCUUCGCGGCCGACGUCGACGGUGACGGAGACGUGGACGCCCUUUCGGCGUCCCGAAACGACAACACGGUCGCGUGGUACGAGAACGACUGCGGCACGGGCUCCUCACAGACGCUGGAAUCGACAGUGUGCCAGGACUCGUCCGGGGGGGCUACCGACAGCGACGGAGACUCGUGUUCCGACUAUGUUGGGAACACGCACUGGUGCGGCGACUACGACGAUUCGGACUUCGACUCGAACGACAUGUGCUGCGCCUGCGGCGGCGGCUCUACGCACGCGGACCCCGCCCCGACGCCGCGGCCCACGGCCGCUCCGGUGCCAGACCCGACGCCGUGUCCCACCACGCCGUCCCCGACGACGCCAGCCCCACGCAUGGGCGACUCCUGCGCGAGCGUCGCCUUCAGCGAGCGCGUCAUCACCGACUCGGCGGACGGUGCCGAGGCCGUCUUCGCGAUCGACGUCGACGGCGACGGCGACGUGGACGUGGUGUCGGCGUCCUACUACUACUACGACGACAGGAGGUACUACUACGAUCCGGGCUGCGGGUGGCAGUGGACGGGCUACGCCAACAACUACGCCUACUUUUGCGACCCCUACACCAAUGUUGUCGACCGCUCCUGGAGUGACGCCACGGUCGCGUGGCACGAGAACGACGGGUCCCAGUCCUUCACGGAGCGUGUCAUUACGACGCUGGCGGACUACGCCACCUCCGUCUUCGCGAUCGACGUCGACGGCGACGGCGACGUCGACGCGCUGUCGGCGUCCGGCUGGGACGGCACGGGUCGCCUUGAGUACGGCACGAGUCCCCUGGUACGUGAACGACGGCUCGCCUGGUACGUGAACGACGGCUCCCAGUCCUUCACCGAGCACGUCAUCACGACGCUCGCAGACAUAGCCCGCUCCGUCUUCGCCAUCGACGUCGACGGCGACGGCGACGUCGACGCGCUGUCAGCGUCCUUCCGCGACGACACGGUCGCGUGGUACGAGAACGACGGCUCGCAGUCCUUCACGGAGCGCGUCAUCACCGACUCGGCGGACAGCGCCACGUCCAUCUACGCGAUCGACGUCGAAGGUGACGGCGACGUCGACGCGCUGUCGGCGUCCCACUACGACGACACGGUCGCGUGGUACGAGAACGACGGGUCCCAGUCCUUCGCCGAGCGCGUCAUCUCGACGCUGGCGAACGCUGCCUACUCCGUCUUCGCGAUCGACGUCGACGGCGACGGCGACGUCGACGCGCUGUCGGCGUCCGCUUGGGACGACACGGUCGCGUGGUACGAGAACGACGGGAGCCACGAGCGCGUCAUCACCACCCUGGCGGACGGGGCCUUCGCCGUGUUCGCGAUCGACGUCGACGGCGACGGCGACGUGGACGCGCUGUCGGCGUCCGCCGAGGACGACACCGUCGCGUGGUACGAGAACGACGGGUCGCAGUCCUUCACCGAGCGCGUCAUCACCGACUCGGCGAACGGCGCCGACUCUGUCUUCGCGAUCGACGUCGACGGCAACGGCGACGUCGACGCGCUCUCGGCGUCCUGGAACGACGACGCGGUCGCAUGGUACGAGAACGACGGGUCCCAGUCCUUCACCAAGCGCGUCAUCACCGACUCGGCGAACGCCGCCUACUCCGUCUGCGCGAUCGACGUCGACGGCGACGGCGACGUCGACGCGCUGUCGGCGUCGUACUACGACAGCACGGUCGCCUGGUACGAGAACGACGGGUCCCAAUCGUUCACGAAGCGCGUCAUCACGACGCUGGCGGGCGGCGCCCGCUCCGUCUUCGCGAUCGACGUCGACGGCGACGGCGACGUCGACGUGCUGUCGGCGUCCGGCUGGGACGACACGGUCGCGUGGUACGAGAACGACGGGUCCCAGUCCUUCGCCGAGCGCAUCAUCACGACGCUGGCGGGCAACGCCUACUCCGUCUUCGCCAUCGACGUCGACGGCGACGGCGACGUCGACGCUCUUGCCGCGUCGGGCGACGACGACACGGUGUCCCUCCGGUCCUUCGCGGGCGACACGUUCGCGGGCGCGCGGACCUGGGACCUGUCGCUCUGGCGCUUUAAUUGGCCCGCGGGGCCCACCUUCGUCGCGCUCGUCGCUGAUGCUGCUGUGUCGCGGAGCGACGGCAUCCUCGCGGCGUCCUACGUCGUUCCUUCGUCGCUCGCGGCCGCAUCGGACUACUUCCUCCGAGCCAAGGAAUAUCUGACCGAAGUCGAGUCCGACGGUGCGUUCUUCUCCAUCGCGGCGACCACACCUCCUACGGCCGCGCCGACGGCGGCGCCGACGGCGUCGCCGACGUCCGCGCCGUCCGCGCCGGGGCUCGUCGUCGCCGACGUGGAACAUCCCUGGUACGUCUACGGCGCCGUCGUGACCGUCUCGUGGCGCUACACGGGCGCGCUCGCGUCCCUGGCGGGCGCGCCCGCGCGCGUCUACCUCGUCGCUCCCGACGGGUCCGAGGCGCUCGUCGGCUACGAUGCGACGAGCCCCUACGCCUACGCCGUCGACGCGAGCCUCGCCGCGGGGAGCGGCUACGCGUUUAGGGUGGCGGACCUGGCCAACGGCGUCGAGGGGUCCUCCCCCGGGACGUUUUCUAUCGCCGCGUCCGCGCCGCCGACGUUCAAGCCCACGAUCACGCCCACGAUCACGCCCACGGUGUCGCUGAAGACGGGCGCGCCGACGAUGCUCGGCUACACGCACCCGCCGUCCGCGACGCCGACGACGUCCGCGCCGUCGCCCGCGCCGAGCUCCUUCCCGACGAGCUGGUGCCACUUCGACGAGCCGGCGAUUUGGGGCGACACGACCUGGGACGCGGGCUUCGCCUGGGCCAUCGAGUGGCGCUGCGCGGCGGCGCCGAGCCUCGUGCACCUCCAGCUCGUCCGCGACGGCGCGGCCCUCCAGUUCAUCAGGCUCGACGUCGACGCGGCCGCGGUGACGAGCGUCGCCUGGGACAUCUCGCUCGACGUCGAGCCGUCGGCGGCCUACGCGAUCCGCAUGGUCGACGCGGCCGACGAGGGGCUGUGGGUCGACAGCGCGACCUUCGAGAUCGUCGGCGGCGCGGCCGUGGCCGCGGUGGCCGCCGGCGGCGGCAGCGGCGGCGGCGCCGACAUCGUCGAGAUCGCAUGCUUCGCGGUCGCCGCGCUCGCCAUCGCCGCCUUCACGCAGUACGUCGAGUACGUGCAGCGCGACCUGGAUCGCGACGACGGCAACGUCAACUACAUCGCGAUUGCGCUGGCCAUGUUCGACUUUUUUAGUGAUAUGCAGUUCGCGUGGACGGCCUUUGCGUCCGAGCGCACGGUCGUGAGCCACAUCGGUCUCGCCAUGCUCGUGUGGGUCAUCGUGGUCAUGGCGGCGAACACGCGCGUGCUCCUGGCCGUCAAGGGCCGCCACGCGCUCGACGAGGCCCACAUGAAGACGCACCCCAACAUGUACGCGGUCCUCCACGUCGUCACGGCGACGAGUACGGAGCUCCUCGCCAUCUUCCCCUGGCGGAGGCCGCUGGGACCGGGUGCGUCAAGCGGCUUUCCGGACGAAAAGUGCAUCGACGCCGUCGACUACAGCGGCUGGUUCGAGGACGUGCCCCAAUUCUGCCUCCAGAUCGCCGUCUUCGUCCUCGGCUCCAACGACGACCUCGACCCGACGCUCGUCGCGUGCGCCGUCUUUACGGUCGUGACGAUGAUCGCGCGUGUCAUGAUCAGGAGCAGCCAGCGCGACUCCGGCGGCGCCCUCGGCCGGCUCCGGCGCACCGCGUCCGGGCGGAACCUGGGCCAGAGGGUCAGCCCCGCGCCCGCGUCCGCGUCCGCGUCCGCGCCCGCGCGAAAGGCCGACGCCGUCAAGGCCGCGAACGCGAACGCGAACGCGGCGGCGAAGGCGCCCGCACCGGCGCUGGCGCCCGCGCCGGCGCAAAUGGCCGCGCCGGUGCGAAAGGCCGACGCCGUCAAGGCCGCGAACGCGAACGCGAACGCGGCGGCGAAGGCGCCCGCGCCGGCGCCGGCGCCCGCGCCGGCGCAAAAGGCUGCGCCGGUGCAAAAGGCCGACGCCGCCAAGGCCGCGAACGCGAACGCGAACACGGCGAACACGGCGACGAAGGAAAUUUUCGUCGUGGGCGCCAAGAUGAAGGCAAAAUACAAGGCCCACGGCGCCUAG